AAUUGAUUGAUUGUCAAGAACAUGAUUGACUUGACUUUUCGUUUUCGUUUCUCAGAUUAAUUUAAUUUCAUCUGAAAUAAUAAUUAUGUUUCCAGACACAACAGUGAUCACAUAAAUAAUAUUUUUGGCUCCCUACAUUGUGUGUUCCAUACAAGAAGUCGCUAAAAACAGAUUGCAAAUGUCAAUAUGUCAGGAUCUCGGCCUUAAUUUCCAACAGAGAAUGGGCGCAAAUAUAUCACAGUUAGAAAGAGAUAUCGGGUCAGAGCAGUUUCCACCUAACGAACAUUAUUUUGGUUUAGUUAAUUUUGGCAACACUUGCUAUAGCAAUUCAGUGUUGCAAGCAUUAUACUUCUGUCGGCCUUUUAGAGAGAAAGUACUUGAAUAUAAAGCAAAAAAUAAAAGAACAAAGGAAACACUUUUAACAUGCCUAGCAGAUUUAUUUUAUAGCAUUGCUACGCAAAAGAAAAAAGUGGGUUCUAUAGCGCCCAAGAAGUUUAUAGCUAGGUUAAGGAAAGAAAAAGAAGAGUUUGAUAAUUAUAUGCAACAGGAUGCCCACGAAUUUUUAAAUUUUUUAAUCAAUCACAUAAAUGAAAUUAUUUUAGCGGAACGCAAUCAGAGUACAUUGAAAGUGCAUAAACCUGCGGGUGAUGUGACUUGCAACGGGUCUGUGCCACAGAGCGCGGAACCAACCUGGGUGCAUGAGAUCUUCCAGGGCACCCUCACCAGCGAGACCAGGUGUCUCAACUGUGAGACUGUCAGCAGUAAAGACGAGCAUUUCUUCGAUUUACAGGUGGACGUUGGUCAGAACACAAGCAUCACUCAUUGUUUAAAGUGCUUCAGUGACACGGAGACAUUGUGUAAUGACAACAAGUUCAAAUGUGACAACUGCAGUAGCUAUCAAGAGGCUCAGAAACGAAUGCGGGUCAAGAAACUGCCUCUCAUACUAGCGCUUCAUCUCAAACGGUUCAAGUACAUGGAACAAUACAAUAGACAUAUCAAGGUCUCCCAUAGAGUUGUCUUCCCUUUGGAAUUGAGGCUUUUUAAUACUUCAGAUGAUGCUGUGAACCCGGAUCGUCUGUACGAUCUGGUGGCGGUGGUGGUGCACUGCGGCUCCGGACCCAACCGCGGACACUACAUCAGCAUUGUCAAGAGCCACGGCUUUUGGCUGCUCUUCGAUGAUGAUAUGGUCGAUAAAAUCGAUGCAUCUGCUAUAGAAGACUUCUACGGCCUAACUUCUGAUUUACAGAAAUCGUCCGAAACCGGAUAUAUACUCUUUUAUCAGUCCAGAGACGCUAGUUGUUAAGUUAUACUAGUUAUAGUAAUUUAUAUAUAGUAUAUUUAAGUUAGUGGUCAAAGGAUAGUUGAACUGAGAUGCCUUGUUUGUUAACGUUGAAACGGCACAAGUUACUGAGAUUGUUCU